GGCGCUGGAGUGUGGGAUUCUGCGGGAAUGGGGAGCUAGACCAACGCCAUCUUUAAACCCCACUGGAGGCCAGCUACAAUUGCACUGGGAUAAAAAACAACAUUCGUACUGCCUGAUAUCAGGUCAAAUAUACGAGAUAGUCUCGUCGUUUGAAGCUCGAGUCCUUAUUUGCGACUUGUCCUGUGGGACUUUCAGAGGACCGUCCCGGGAAACCGCGAGACCUACAAUGUUGUGAACAUAGGCAGAGAAUAACAAUAGACGGAAAGACAACAACAACGCUAGCAGUUUGCAGAGCACUAGCUAACGUCAGCUAACUCAUUAGCAUUGCUCCCAGCUUGUGUUGAAAUUCAGCCGGACGGGAACCGCAGUUGGCACCGGCUAGCUGAAAGCUAAGUCCUGACUUCUCCCCAGCGGCCCAGCCGGAGAUGCGUGGAAGAUGUCUGUGUCGGGGCUGAAGGCCGAACUGAAGUUUUUGGAGUCGAUAUUUGAUCCAAACCACGAACGAUUCAGGAUCAUUGACUGGAAGCCGGAUGAGCUGAGCUGCCAGUUUAAUGUUACUGGGGAAAAGCUGUUAAUUAUCCACUGUAACAUUACGGAAUCUUAUCCAUCUACGCCACCAAUAUGGUUUGUUGACUCUGACGAUCCGAGCUUGACGCAAGUUUUGUCAAGGUUGGAAGAUGUUCGGAAAGGCAGCACCCUGCUUCUGCAGCAGCUGAAAAAGCUCAUCUGUGACCUUUGUCGGUUGUACAACCUUCCACAACAUCCCGACGUGGAGAUGCUGGACCAGCCCCUGCCUGCAGGUCCUGUUGAAAAAGACAAAAAGCACGGAACCGAGGAGGUCACAUCAGAGGAGGAGGAGGAGGAGGAGAUGGGAGAAGACAUCGAGGACCUGGAUCACUAUGAGAUGAAAGAGGAGGAGCCGGUGGAUGGGAAGAAGUCUGAAGAUGAUGGCAUUGAAAAGGAGAAUUUGGCAAUUCUGGAGAAGAUCCGGAAGACCCAGAGACAAGACCACCUAAAUGGAGCUGUUUCUGGCUCCGUUCAAGCCUCUGACCGUCUGAUGAAGGAGCUGCGAGAGAUCUACCGAUCUCAGAGUUACAAGACAGGCAUCUAUUCAGUGGAGCUGGUUAAUGACAGCUUGUAUGAGUGGCACGUCAAACUGAGGACGGUGGAUCCCGACAGCCCUUUGCACAGUGACUUACAAGUCUUAAAGGAGAAAGAAGGAAUGGAUUACAUUUUACUAAACUUCUCAUACAAGGAUAACUUCCCCUUCGACCCACCGUUUGUGCGGGUAGUUUCUCCUGUGCUUUCUGGAGGCUACGUUCUGGGAGGAGGCGCACUGUGCAUGGAACUUCUCACCAAGCAGGGUUGGAGCAGUGCCUACUCCAUUGAGUCUGUCAUCAUGCAGAUCAACGCCACGUUAGUCAAAGGAAAAGCCAGAGUGCAGUUUGGAGCCAAUAAAAACCAGUACAAUCUCGCCAGAGCACAGCAGUCCUACAAAUCCCUGGUUCAGAUUCACGAAAAGAACGGUUGGUACACACCCCCUAAGGAGGACGGCUAACACAGACUGCUGCCUUUCUGCUCCGGGACCACGUCUUACGUUUUCCUUUCUCUUUGAGACCAAUAUCGUUUUUACGCUGCAAGUGUUUUUUUAUCUCUACUCAACCGUUUGAACUCCAAACCAAAUUCCUCGUUUAAGGAUCACCUGAAUCCCAGCACAGACUCUGAAACGCUCAUCUCCAUGGAAACGUGGACACUCCUGCUACCCGCAGCGCUGUCCUUUCUUCAGAGGCGCGUCUCUGUUUAUCUGUCGUCUGGUGAUGUUUUUUCCUCGUUGCAAUAAUCAUCUCAUGCCCCGUGACGUUGGUGGACUGAACCUGCAAACUCACCUUUUGGCUUAGCGCCGAGCAUGUCCAGGCACCUGGCUGGCCCGGCGCUGAAAGGCAUAGCGUGACUCCCGAGGCUGGAUGCUUUUACACCUCGUCUUUUCAAGCCCUGAGGAAGGGGGGAGGACACUGAAGGGGCUUUUGAGGAAACGACGAGAUGCAGCCGGGCCGCUCUGCAGGAGAGGUUUGGUGCACGAGCUUAGCAGACACGAUCCAGGCAGAGCGGGGCGUGUCUGGGUCGGGUCGGGUCACUGUUGAUUUUAACUCCACUGUAAACAUGUAAAUUUGUAUUUCUGCUAAAGAACUUGUUUAUAAUGUAACUGUGUGAAGGUCUUCGGCCGGGAGGAGACCGUGAGGCUACACGCCUGAUGAUUCAGUGCAGCAGCACUGCAACUUAAGGCCGUUUAAAAUAAAAAAUGUUCAAAAAAAGGAACUCCUCAAGUGUCGGAAACAAACAAAGGUGUAAACUAAACUAACCCGGAUGUUUUUGCUGGCUCCGCCCCUCUGACAGCUGUACACCGGAGGUUUGGACCUCAGUAAGGCCGUGCAGCAGGAGUUAUGAGACCACGCUUCGUUGUCUCCCUCUCGGUUCUCGGUCCUGUCUCACUUCCUGACAGGAGGGGGGAGGGCCCUUCUGGUUUUUCUCUGAGCUGAUGUUUUGAAUUGAACCUUCAGCCAGACUCGCAGCAAUAGCGUCCUCCAUCUAGUCUAGUUUGGAUUAUUUAGACUGGAUGACAUCCGCCGCCAGGACACACCUCAGCUCUUCCCGCUCUAAGCCUCGUCCGGCCACCACUCCGGUGUCAUGUGACUAAUAUGCAGAAGAGGCUGCGGAGCAUUCCGGUGAACGCAGUCGCGUUUGUUCUGUGGUUCCUUUGUUGUGUUAAAACCAGCAUCACGGCUCAGCCGAGCCGUUUCACAGCGACACUUCACGGCAGACUUUUUGAUUCUCUGAAACGAACGAAGCUCGCUCUCUGGACAAGCUAACUCAGGAAUACAUAACUGCACACUCAACCUUCCAUUCAGUCGCCACACACGGCGAAUGAAUGUCUCAACCUGCUUUCUGUUUUUAAGCUGCGCUAGCGUCCUCCGGCGCCGUGGGGUCAGCUGUUUGCGUUCCACCCUUCCUCAUCGAGGCUGAAGGUUUCUCAUCAGGCGGUCGGACUUGUGAAGUCCAGGUCGCUGCUCCGCUCAGACUGUGGUGGGGUGGCUUCAGAGCUCAUGGACCCUUCCUCUUUGAUCUUGCUGUAUUUUGCAUGUCAGUUUAGCACUUGGUGCCCCCCCCCCCCCCCCCCCCCCCUCGUGGGCGACAGGUGGUGGUUUUGGGUGGUUAGAAAGUCUAGAUGUGUCCAUCUUUUCAUGACUCGUCACCUGGGUUUUCCAGAGCGUCGGUGCACGGGGUCGGAUACGACGACUCGUCACAUGCCUCCGUGGACUUGAAAGGCUCCAGGAUGUGUUCCCAGCAGAAGCAGCAGCUGAGGUGGUGUGUCAUCAGAGCAGUUGAUGAAGCUGAUGUUUACACCAGCGGUGCGUUCAGAUCCUGAGCUAACAGCUUCAGCGGGCUCCUGACUGACCGGGCGUCUCGGCUGAGACGAGUCAACGCGCCCGAAUCCGGGUUCCUCUCCUCGCUUCGUUAACGGCGGCGGCCGGGUUAUAAAGUGAUGCAGUGUCAGCAUGCUUUGGUCGGUUUCUUUAUUUCCUGUUGCAAGGGUGACUUUGACAAUGUAAAGUAAUUUGUAAACUUGCAUCAAGUUUAUGAAUAAAAGCUUUUAUGAAAUA